AUGUAUCAAUGCACGUUCUGCACCGAGACCUUCAAGACAAAACACAAUUGGCAACGCCACGAGAAGUCACUGCACUUGUCUCUGGAGCGGUGGGAAUGUUCGCCAACAGGGCCAACCGUCGCUGAUGCAAGUGGUCAGCUGGUAUGCGUCUUCUGUGGUGAUGCCAACCCGGACAAAGAACACCUAGAGAAGCACAACUACUCAGUUUGCAAAGAGAGAUUACCCGAAGACCGAACGUUCUACCGAAAGGAUCAUCUGCAGCAGCAUCUCAAGCUCGUGCAUGAUGCCAAGUUCCUGAGAUGGCCCAUGGGUGAUUGGAAGCACGAGAAUGAGAUGAUCAGAUCUCGCUGCGGCUUUUGUGCUUUGGUAAUGGGAUCAUGGAUUGACAGAAUCGAUCACAUCGCCGAACAUUUCAAGGAUGGCAAAACGAUGGAAGAGUGGCACGGAGAUUGGGGCUUCGACGACCAUAUCCUCAAAAUGGUUGAGAACUCAAUGGCGCCUUAUAUGAUUCAUAUGGAGCGGUAUUCGCCAUGGCCCUUCACUACUAAACAAGGCGUUCCAGAGACGCCACCCAGCGCUUUUGAGUUGAUCAAGACGGAAAUCAACCACUUCGCCACAGACUACCAAAACACGAAUGGCCGAAUGCCUACAAAUGCCGAGCUUCUAUACGAAAGUUGCUGCAUUAUUUUCGGCUCGGAACCUACCUCUCUCGCGAAGAAGCCAGUGACUCCAGCAAGCUCAUGGCUGCGGGACUUGCUCAUGUCGUCGGAUAUCAUCGUCAAGCAAGCCCGAGUUCGACCGCUCAAGACAGCCAGGAGGUCUCGCAUCACAUAUCUCUGCAUCAAUGGAAAAGCCGACAUCUUUGACCAAUGUGCCCUAGAAGAACAACUCCAAAGCUACGUGGACAUAUCGAAGCUCAUCGAGCCCGAAGUCUCGGACUCGGAUCUUCAGCGCGAGGCGUGCAGCAUUGUCCAGCAAUUUGAUUCUGCAUCAAGUUGCUGGACAAUGCCAUCGUCGCCAAAGCCAUCCGAGACGUUUUCCACAUUCUUAUACGGCCUGAUCAAUGAGUCAACGCACUGGCUGGCACCUUUCCGUCAACGGAUGCAGCUCCCUCCUUCGGAGUCUGCCGAUUCCCCUACCUUGGACAUCGGAAACCAGCAUUUCCUGAGCGCUGCCCUUACAGAACCCACUGGCCAGUCAAGCGCCAUGGACACAGGAAGCUCCAGCCCUGAAGCUGACGUCGUCGGUAGCAGCGCUACUGGCAAUACUGCAUCAGGUGCCGAUGCCGAAAUGCCGGGACUCAACACGCGCACCACGUUCUUCGUUAACGAAGAGAACUGCUAUCGGCGUCUUGCCCUGAGUCUAGUCCGGUUCGUCAAGAUCACGACAUCGCCGCGAAACCCGAACAGACAUAUUCCCUCAGACGCCGAACUUCAACAUCAGGCGCGUUGGAUCUCGUUUGAAGACGAUGAUCCUUGGAAUCAGACUCCUGCCGAUAACCCAGACUGGCUCCGCGAGUUCAAGCGUGAAAUGGGUAUUCUACAAGAAGAUGGCAAUCAUCCAGUUGCAUGA